CAAAGGAUGGUACACUUGCUUAAACGAUAUAACAAAGUAACUAAAUAUAUUUGAGGUUAUAUCAAGCAGAUUCUAUCUCAUUUAUGGUGCCAUUAACAAUUUGUUUGAUAUAAAUACCAAUGUUCAGAGAGAAUUAACUUUAAAAUUAUUAUCAGAUAUAAUUUGAUCUCAUUGAAAUGAAUAAAUAUCUACAAUUGGCGACUGUUGGAACGAAUUAUGCCAAGCGUAUGAAUCGUUUGAGUAAUCGUAUCUUUGGUGAAGUUGUUAGACCAACAAAUCAAAAAUCACUUAAAGUAGUUAAGCUUUUUAGUGAAAAGCCUGUUCAGAAAAGACCAGAAAUCGUAGAUUAUUAUCCUCGACACAAGGAUAUACAGAAGUUGAUGUUACAUCUACGUGAUUAUGGUUUAUUCAGAGAUGAGCAUGAAGAUUUCAAAGAAGAAUAUGAUCGUUUGAGAGAAUUACGUGGUAAGAAGAAAUGGAUACCACCACCAUUCAGAAAAUAAAACUUUCUUUAACAUCUUCCUUAUAACAUUACUAAUGUAAAGUAUAAAAAGCAAAGUGUAAUAACAAAAUCUAGUAUUUAUAAUUAAAAUGAAUAUAAAACUAUA